GGUGUGUGUGCAUGAGAGAGGGAGCAGCAAUGUCUGUGCAGGUGGCAGCCCCGGCAAGCGCGGGGCUGGGCCCAGAGCGCCUGAGCCCUGAGGAGCUGGUGCGGCAGACGCGACAAGUGGUGCAGGGGCUGGAGGCCCUGCGGGCGGAGCACCACGGCCUGGCCAGGCACCUGGCGGAGGCCCUGACGGGACAGGGCCCUGUGUCUGGCUUGGAGCUGCUGGAAGAGAAGCAGCAGGUGGUGAGCCACUCGCUGGAGGCCAUCGAGCUGGGGCUGGGCGAGGCCCAGGUGCUGCUGGCCUUGUCCGCGCACGUGGGCGCGCUGGAGGCCGAGCAGCAGCGGCUGCGAGCGCAGGCCCGGCGGCUGGCCCAGGAGAACGCGUGGCUGCGGGAGGAGCUGGAGGAGACGCAGCGGCGGCUGCGGGCCAGCGAGGAGGCCGUGGCCCAGCUGGAGGAGGAGAAGAGCCACCUGGAGUUCCUCGGGCAGCUGCGGCAGUACGACCCGCCCGCGGAGAGCCAGCCUGAGUCCCCGCCUCGCCGAGACAGCCUGGCCUCCCUGUUUCCCAGUGAGGACAACGAGAGGAAAGGACCUGAGGCGGCGGGGGCCGCAGCAGCUCAGCAGGGUGGCUAUGAGAUCCCAGCCCGCCUCCGGACCCUGCACAACCUCGUGAUCCAGUACGCGGGGCAGGGCCGCUAUGAAGUCGCUGUGCCGCUGUGCCGCCAGGCCCUGGAGGACCUGGAGCGGAGCUCAGGCCACUGCCACCCUGAUGUGGCCACCAUGCUCAACAUCCUGGCGCUGGUGUACCGGGACCAGAACAAGUACAAAGAGGCCACCGACCUCCUCCACGACGCCCUGCAGAUCCGGGAGAAGACGCUGGGCCCCGAGCACCCCGCCGUGGCCGCCACCCUCAACAACCUGGCGGUCCUCUACGGGAAGCGGGGCCGAUACCGGGAGGCAGAGCCCCUGUGCCAGCGCGCCCUGGAGAUCCGAGAGAAGGUCCUGGGCACCGACCACCCGGAUGUGGCCAAGCAGCUCAACAACCUGGCCCUGCUGUGCCAGAACCAGGGCAAGUUCGAGGCGGUGGAGCAGCACUACGCCCGCGCCCUGAGCAUCUACGAGGCGCUGGGCGGGCCCCACGACCCGAACGUGGCCAAGACCAAGAACAACCUGGCCUCAGCCUACCUGAAGCAGAACAAGUACCAGCAGGCGGAGGAGCUGUACAAGGAAAUCCUCAGCAGGGAGGACCUGCCCGCCCCUCUCGCAGCCCCCAGCACAGGCACAGCCGGUGACAGAGAACAGACCCUUCGCCGGAGCAGCUCCUUGUCGAAGCUCCGAGAGUCGCUCCGGGAGUCGAUCCGACGCGGAAGCGAGAAGCUGGUCUCCCGACUCCGAGGCGAGGGGGCGGCGGGGGCGGCCGGGAUGAAGAGGGCCGUGUCACUGAACACGCUGAACACGGAUGGUCCCAGGGCUGCUGGGCCCCAGUUCCCCAGUCGGCACCUGAGCGAGACCCCUCGGACCCUCAGCACCAGCACCCAGGACCUGGGCGCCCGCUAAAGCCGGCAGGACCGCGUGGCCGCAGCCUCUCAGGAAGACUGGAGGGGGAUGGGCGGAGGGUCUUCCAUGUCCCCGCCUCCGGGGGGCACCCAGUGUAUCGGGUGUGCCUGCUGCCCUCUCCUCCCGCGA